UUGUAAAUUUUAAUAUCAUUUUGUUAUAUUCAAUAAUUAUUGAAUGAGGUAUUGUCAAAAUCAUAAUUAUGCUAUUAAAUAUGGAUUUUCAUGGAUGUAAUUGUAAAAAUAUAACAAUUACAGAAGGAAUAUUUGGAGAAGUCUGGGUUGGUAAGCUGUGGUUGAUAUGAUCUUUCUCUCUCUCUUUAGUUUAUUAUAUAAAAUUAAUGCAAUUUACUUGUAAUAUUUAAAGUAACAAUAGAUUUUUGUAAUCAGAUAAUCAAGAUCAAAUUUUCAGUGAUCCCAUACCAAAGACUAUAAAAUCAUACACUAUGGUAAAUACUAAUCGAAUGGAAGUUGUUGUCAUUACUUGGGGUGCUACAAUUAUAUCUCUAAAAUGUCCAGAUAAAUAUGGACAUUCUGCUGAUGUUGUCCUUGGUUUUGACGAUGUAAAAGGAUAUUCAAAUCCUAUAACAAACCCAUUUAUUGGUUGUAUAUUAGGCAGAUGUGCAAACCGUAUUAAAAAUGGACAUAUUACUAUUAGAGGUAGAGAUUAUGAAUUAACAAAAAAUGAUUUUAAUGGGAAACAUCAUUUACAUGGAGGAACUAAUGGAUUUGGGCGUAAAGUUUGGGAUUCAUAUAUUACUGGAUGUUCAGUUAUUAUGAGUUACUUAAGUCAAGAUGGUGAAGAAGGGUAUCCAGGUGCAGUGUUAACUACAAUAAAGUUUAAGUUAACUCCAGAAAAUAAGCUUGAUAUAUGUAUGAGAGCAACAACUUCAAAACCAACAAUAGUGAAUUUAUCACAUGGUUCUAUGUUUAAUUUAGCUGGACAUGAUUCUGGAGAAUCUGAGUUGCGAAAGCAUAAAGUACUAUUCAAUUGUGAUCGUUGGACAUUUGCGGAUUACACAGAUCCAGUUCCAACAGGUGCUAUACGUGGUGUAGGUGGAACAGUGAUGGACUUUCGAAUACCUCGAAUUUUAGGAGAAUACAUGGAAAAGGUUCCACCUGGAGAAGGUUACGAUCAUAAUUUAUGCGUUACAAAAGGUGGACAAUCUGGUAGUUCAUUUGUUGCCAAAGUAUGGCAUGUAAAAAGUGGACGUGCUUUAGAAAUUUAUUCAGACCAAUGCGGGGUACAGUUCUACACUGGAGGCCGUUUACCACCUUAUACUAUUCCAGAAUUUUUAUCUAGUUAUGAUUUAUUAGAAGUAAAUCAAUAUUUUAAUUAUCAACAACAUGUUAUUUAUGUAAGUAAUAACUUGUAUAUCAUAAAUUUAAUUUGA